GCGAACUGUGGAACAUCUUCAGUGUUUGGACCUCACUGUCUGAAUCAUCAGGUCCAUGAUGGUUCACUUAUUUGUUACAAUCCUACAGCAGCUACUUCGGCAUGGUCACUAUUGCAAGUAUGCGGCUGUGAUUAAAAUGCAGGCACUUUGUUUUCAAAAACGUAAGAGAAUGCCCUGACUACUAUAUUGAGGUUGGGGUGUCGUAUAGAGCCGAUUGGGUCGGUGGCAGUUUUGGAUCGAAAGAGUAGGCAUUAUGGCACCGAAAAAAGUAACUAUACUGGAACCGCCCAAGGAACCUGUUAAGUUGGACAAAAUUUCAUUGCCACUAGCAGAGUCCCCAGCAGAGAUGGAAGCCAGGAUAGCACUAGACCAAGCAGCCGAGCAGAAGGAGCUGGAUAAUGCUUGGAAGAAGAUUCCGUAUGUCGACCAGAAGGAGUUGAGAGCCGGAAACUAUUGCGGUUACGACUUGGACAUGUUACUCAAGCCAUGGCAUUAUGGAAACCAUCCUCAUGACUUUUUCAAAGCAAGCCGCUCAUCGCGGUCUAACGAUCUUGCAAAACACUACGAAUUUGAUGAGCUUCUGAAGAGGCAUGACGCCCGGAUUUUCGAGCUGGAGGGUUGGCGAAAACUCGAGUUUCUCAAGGACGACAUGCGAGGACAAUUGCGCAAGAUGUAUGCAGUCCAAAUGGAACGCCUCAGAUAUCAAAAGUUGCGGAAGCAGAUACGAGCGGAGCAGCUACAGUAUCAAAGUACUCUCCGAUGUCCGCUUUCCCCACAAACUAUAAGGUCUAAGUUCGACAGUGACGAGGAAGAGGAGGAAGAACAGACUGAAGGGGAAACUAUGGAAGGGCUGCCACCCUCCCCUUCGCCCGAGGGCAUUGAUCGCGGGGACUCGAGCUCAGGUUUAGAAUCAGGAGGAGGUGCUGCAAACUCAAAAAGGAAGAAGCAAGCUGUUCCUAGGAUGAGAUACUCUUUGUUCCAUUACGACAACCCCCGGCACCUGAAACGUUACCCGAAAGCUCCAACCCACACUACUGAGAAGGAGCCUGAGUUCUCACCUAUUCAGCAUGUUCACAACCCAGCUUGGAUUAAAGGGAAGGCGCAGCACAUCAGUGAGCUGGUACAAUUAGUGGUGAAUUUGGAUGAAUGGGAAGAGAAGCUUGCACGUAAGAAUGGUCCUCGCCAGUCCACCAAAACAACAAAACCAAAAUGAUCAGUCUCUUUUUCUUUUUUUUUUUAUUAUUUAUUUAUUUAUUUAUUUAUUUUCCGUUUUUUUGCGACUCUGCGUCAACAUGUGCACAACUUAUUGACACAGAAUCAGCAGGAUAGCAGUUUAUUGUCGUAACAAAGUCUCCAAGUAAGCAUGCACAUGCUAUUUGUCGCAUGGCCACUAAUUUCUGCAGAUGAGAGUAACUAAUAUGUUAAAAGCUUUUGUAUGAGUCAGAAUGCGAGAAAUGAUUCAUAUUAUGGUGACUGAAUGAAGUCAUAGUGGUUAAAAUACGUAUAUAUAUAUAUAUAUACAUAUAUAUAUAUAUAUAUAUAUAUAUAUAUUUAUAUAUCUAAAAGAAUAAUCAGGUUGUGCAUUGACCCAAUUUCACCUUUAAGAGUAUGGGGCUUUGUUUUGAUUUAUAUUUUGAAUCUUCCAUGUACAUUGAGGUAUAGAAUAUAAAAUUUGAAUGAAGAGAAAUUGAUGUGCUUUCUUUCAAACAUAAAUAAAUAAAAAAUAAAAAAUUAAUACUAUAAAAACUGAAAAUAGGUUUUUAAAAUUUUCAAAUACAAUUUUUACAAUUUCAUAAAAUUUUAAAAGAAACCUCAACUUUCUUUGAACUCAUAACAUUCGUCUUUUAUUUUAAAUUUUUUUUAUGUUUUAUAUACUUGUAGCAUUACAUCAUUUUUUAGAGCAUAUUCUCCUUGGAUAAUUUACAACUAUUCAGAAGAUGUCUUGUGAAAAAAGUAUAUUCAAGAUUAAUUUGAUGAGAAAUAAGUUAAAAAAUC